CUCCUCCUCCUCCCUCUCUCUCACUUCUCCUCGGAUGCUCUGCCUGGCAACAUGGGAUCCACAAACGUCCUCCUGUGUUCCUGUGUCCUUAUAAUGUUAGCUAUCCUGACUGGAGUUUCAGGACAGAGUGAAACUACACCAGGGAGAACCAACUACACCAGGCCGGUGUUCCUGUGUGGAGGGGAGCAUGUGGCAGAGUCUGGCUUCAUCGCAAGUGAAGGAUUCCCCAGCCACUACAAGCCCAACAGCAAAUGUACCUGGUACAUAACGGUCCCGGAGGGUAACGUGGUGAUGCUGUCCUUCCGUAUCUUUGAUCUGGAGGCAGACCCACAGUGCCGCUACGAUUUCCUGGAGGUGUACAACGGCCACGCCCACACCGCCCAGCGCCUGGGCCGAUUCUGCGGCACCUUCCGCCCCGGCGCCCUCAUCUCCACCAGCAACAGGAUGAUGGUGGAGAUGGUGUCGGACUCGGAGACCACGGGGCGCGGCUUCAUCGUGGCGUUCAGCGCGGGCAAGCCGCACGUCGACGAGCACCAGUUCUGUGGAGGGAAGCUCACGAAACCACAAGGAUCCCUACACACGCCCAACUGGCCAGAGAGUAACUACCCAGCAGGCAUCAGCUGCUCCUGGCACAUCAUCGUCCCUAACAACCAGGUGAUCGAGGUCUCCUUUGACAAGUUUGAUGUGGAGCCCGACAGCUACUGUCGCUAUGACUACGUGGCUUUCUUCAGCGGGGGGGAGUCGGACGACUCCAAACUCAUCGGAAAAUACUGCGGAGACGAGGCACCAGAAGCCUUCGUCUCAAACAGCAGUGAGUUGCUGGUCCAGUUUGUGUCUGACCUCAGUGUGACCGGUGAUGGCUUCAUGGUUUCCUACAGCGCACACCCUAGGGGGUCCAAACCCACCACACCAGAGAGGGGGGUCCGGCCGGCAGCCAAGCCCGCCCCGGGGCCCAAACCCACCAAGCCUGCGAAACCAGUAAAACCAGUAAAGACCACCCCGGGGCCCAAACCCACCAAGCCUGCGAAACCAGUAAAACCAGUCAAGCCCACCCCGGGGCCCAAACCCACCAAGCCUGCGAAACCACUAAAACCAACAAAACCAGUCAAGCCCACGAUCAAACCAGAUCUCAAAGCCACAGCCAAGCCCGUCGUCUCCAAACCCACUCCCAAGCAGACGGGGUGGGUCAAGCCCAUUCCCAGACCGGGGGCCAGACCCACCCCCAAACCAGGCAGUGGAGCCGGGCUGAAGCCAGCAGUGAGACCCGGAGGCAAGAACGGCACCAGAACCAUCCCAGAGAGUGGGUUGCCCCUGUGUGAGCAGCGCUGUCGGAGGGGCGGGACCAUGCAGAGCCACUUCUGCAACAGCGAGUUCGUGAUCACGGGUAAGGUAACAACAGCUGUGUCGGGCCCCGGGGACACGCUGUUGGCCACGGUCUCUCUCAUCAAGGCCUACAAGGCGGGCAGCCUGAGGAUCCAGCAAGCGGGCCAGACCAUGAGCGUGAAGCUGGUGUCGAGCUGCAAGCGCUGCCCCCUCAUCCGCCGAGGUGCUCACUACAUCCUGAUGGGGCAGGUGGAUGCGGAGGGGCGUGGCACUCUGUCUCCCAGCAGCUUCACUUUGCUCUACAAGACCCCCCACCAGAAGAUCCUGACCAAUCUCACAGCACGGCCCUGCUGACCUCACCCGGCACCCGACCAAUCAGAGCCACGCUCCGCCCCCAACGACGUAAGGCCGAGAGGAGGACCAACCCAGGACAGCCGGUUCUGACUCCUCCCCUUUUCCCCUUUGUCAUUUUUUUUUUUUAAUGCAACGCCAGUCUCUGAAUUUAAUUCCGAGCGUGUAUGUGAAUUUUUUUUAAAACAGAUUACCAAAUAUAUCAAAUAUAAAUGAAUUACAUUACUAAAGGCUACUAUAAGUGACAGCCAAAAAUGAAAUAUUUUCCCUGGAAGUCGUUUAGCCUUUAAUGGAACUACCAGAGCACAGAUCUCUGCAGAGUUUGUCUGUUGCCACGGUCUUACUGUUUUCAAGCGUAUUGAAUUCCAUGCAGACCCUGCUUGUUCAAUUCGGAUCAUUUCUAAGUUUUUUCCACUUUGCGUCCAUUUCUUUGAGUCCCAUCUCAAAGCAAUCCCCUCUUUUCAUAUCAAUACCGUCUCGUAAUGCUGAGCGACAGACUGGAGCUUUUUCAGAGAGACACCGCUCACAC